GUUCUUUCAAGCUUUUCUUUUGUUUUCUGUGGAGGCUCCCUGUCCUUCUUUAUAUUUCGUCUUCCCACUUCUCUCUCUUAUUUCGUGGAUUUCCCUCCUACCUAGUUGUGCCAGGCCGUCCUCCUUGCUGCUUAUCGCAACCUUCUAACCCCUCAUCGUUUCGUUCUAUCUAGAUCGAUCGAUCGACUUAUCAGCGCCACUGUUCCAGAAUAACCCCGCUUUUACAUCCCCAGCUCGCCUUUCAUCCUUUGCGUUUUGAAUCAAACCAGACAAAAACCAGUACAUCUCCCUUUUCUUCAUCCUCUUCCUAAAAAAAAAAAAAGAAAAGAAAGGAAAAAUACCCAAAAAAAAAAAUAAAAAUAAAGAAACAGAGAGGGCAAAAGUCAAUACAAAAAGACUGCAAGAAAAUGAGACGUCAUACUCGCCGCGCCGCAUACUCUGACUCUGAUUCUGAGUACUCCGAGUCAGAUCUCUCGAUGGAGUUACCCUCCCCCAACCGGCACACCCAUUAUCGCAGACGUUCGGUAUCCCGCCAUCGCUUCCACAGCCCGGAGCACAAAACGACCAGCUAUCUUGCCCCCAUCCAGCAAGAUGUCCACCUCCACCGGUCGGCCUCGACGGGCGCCCGCCGGCGACAUGAUCGGACCUCGCCGGUAAAUGUCACCGUCGACAUCAAGAACGAUUCCCGCAACCGGAGCAACACCAAGGGCACGAACAAAGCCCGCAAGGAGACCCAGGAGUACGUGAAUCCCUACGAGUCCGAGGAGGACGAGGCCGUGCUUCGCAACCACCAUCGGCGGCGGCACCACGGUGCCAGCAUCUCCCGCGAAGCCUCUCCGCGGCCGCCAGCGCGCGACUUUGACCUCGUCAUCGACCAGCGUAUGCUGGAGCACAACGAUGCCCGGCAGGACUUCGAACUGCUCCGGCAACAGCAGGAGAUUCAGCGUCUGGAGCGCGAGCUCGCUCGGCACCGUGAACAGCGCGACCCGCACCAGGAGACCCGUCUCCUGAAGGAGGAAGAGGACUGGUACGAGGACGAGAUCAGCGAUCGGCUGCGGCGGCUCGAGAAGUUCGAGAAGAAGCAGCGCAUGGAGGAGGAGCAGCGACACGUAGAGCACCGGUACAAACUACGCAAGUACGAAGAAGAGCAGCGACGGGCUGCGGAGGAAGAAGAGGUCCGUGUUAAAAUGCGGGAGGAAAAGCUCCGGGAACUCCAGCGCAAGAUUGAUGAAGAGGAGGAGCGUGAGCGGAUCAAGAAAGAGAUCCGCGACGAGGAGGCGAGACAGAUGCUGGAGGAGCAAGAGAAGCAGCGCAAAGAGGCGGCCAUGAAGCAGGCUGUCAUCGAGGAGUACCAGCUGGCUGAGGAGCGCCGUAAGAACGCCAUGCGCGAGAUGCAAAAGCAGCAGGAUGAGGCCUUCAAGCAACGAUUGCGGGUGGAGUAUGGUUUGUCGGAGGAGAAGAUCGAGGAGCUUCUCAAGCAGAAAAACAAGGACGAGAAGAAGAGCAAAGAGAAGGGUAAAGACAAGGACAAGGACAAGGAUGACAAGGAUGACGACAAGGAGAAGAAAUCCAAGGGGAAGCAGAUUGAACAUCAACGUCCUACUUGGAUCAAGGUCCACCGCGAUCAUCUCCUGCCAGAAACCCUAAUAGCCUACAAUUUGCCUUGGGACUUUGACGAUCUCGACGGCAACUACCUCAUCAUCAAAGAGUACAUCCCCGAAGACCUCCAGGAUGAACUAUUCGCACACACCAAGCGUAUACGCCAGGGUCGCCUCGUCACCCAGACCUCGAGCUCCCAGACUGAACUCAGGGUGAACGACAGAAGGAAGGACAAGAUGUACCUUGUGCGGAAGAAGAGCCCUAACCGGCGGGCGUGGAUUUUCACUUGAUUUGAUCCUGAUUGAUAUACGUGAUAUGUGAUAUGUGAUAUGUGCUCGGAUAUGACUGUUCUUUUUUUCUUUUCCAUCUUUUCUCCUUCUAAUUUUGCUUGUCUCCCCUCUUUUUGUUGCUUUGUCUUCUUUCCUCUUCAUUCCCUUUCCUUUUUCUUUUCUUUUUCUUUUCUUUUCCUUUCUUUUUUACUUUCCAAUAUUGCUUUGGUUUUUCUUUUUGGAUGAUCACGGUUUGGCUUUGCCUGUCCCCUCACGAAGUCCGCUUCUACUCGAUUGAUUGACUCUCCACAAACGACCCA